AGCUCCUUAAGCUCAAGCCACGUGUGCUCGCAGUUUGGCUAGUCUUCAGGGCGUCUACGAUGAGCGGUGCAGGCUCCCUUUCGGCUCCGGUGGUCUCGCGACGGCUGCCGACUGUUGGUCCUGUCGGCGCCCGCGGCCGACUGUCGGUGCCUGGCAGGGCCGCCCAGGGGCAGUUGGACUCCAAGAUGCCGGGCAUCAAGAAGACGAUCGAGUCCAUGGUGAGCACAGGCAGCCAGGCGGAGUACUUCAAGCCCGACCAGACGAUCAUCCUGCUCGACUGGGACGACACUCUGUGCCCCUCCACCUGGAUCCGGGCCAACAAGCACCACCUCAGCUUCUUCAAGCCUGCUCCGAACACCGAACACUUUCAGCGGCCACUGCGCGAGCUGCAGCGGGAGGGCGAGGCCCUCUUGAAGCUGGCCAUGAAGUUGGGCAACGUGGUCAUCGUCACCAAUGCCGUUCACCCAUGGGUGGAGACCUCUUGCCGGAACUUCCUGCCGAGUCUCCUGCCCUUGCUGGAGUCGCUGCCCAUAAUUUACGCUCGUUCCGUCUACGAGACCCACUGCUGCGAGCCUGCUAAGCAGGUGCCUCGGGGCUCCGCAGUGGAUGCCGUGCGGGCGGGUGGUGCAAUCUGCGCGCAGCGCGCCAUGCCAGGGAUGUACAAUGCCCUCGGGCAGAACAGGCUGCUCAGUCACAGCUCACGCCCUGCCGCACGCCAGAUCGACAUGGAUCCACAGCGUUGGAAGGAGGUGGCGUUCGAGCAGGAAACAAGCGGCUUCUAUUCGCGCUACCAGCACCAGAGCUGGAAGAACGUCAUCAGCGUCGGUGACUCUGUCUUUGAGCGUGACGCGGUGAAGCGGGUGGUGCCCAAUCGCACUGUCACAAAGAAGAAGUGCCGCACCAAGACGCUCAAGCUGUUCGAUGACCCGGGCAUGGAUGAUUUGAUCGCACAAGUGAGGGUGGUCCGCGACGUUCUCUGCUCCAUGGUCCAGUACGAUGGAGAUUUGGACAUCGAGCUCAGUGAGGAGGACCUGAACGCCGAUUCGUCCUUGCUGCUCGAGAAGAUUGCUGAUGCGUAGGCGGCAGGUGCAGGUGGUUCUGAUCAUGCAUGUGCGGAUUUGCUUGCCAGAGCUGCACUGGCAAGCAUUCUAGGUUGUGAUCGAGGAGGAGGCGGAG